ACACAAACAGCCCCGUUUGAAAACAGAAGCUGCACAGUCAUUGGCUAGCAGUCAUGUGCAGACGUCACAUAUCAGCCAAUCACAAGCCUCUGCACCCUAAUGACGGCAUAAGCUCGUGACCGUAUGACGCUUUAAAAGCAGACGCACGAGACGGAGGAGCAUUUUUCUACGUGCGCAGAACGGAGAGAGAAGUUGAUCGCAGCGAUGGCAAGAACCAAGCAGACCGCUCGUAAAUCCACCGGUGGCAAAGCCCCGAGGAAGCAGCUCGCUACUAAAGCUGCCCGGAAGAGCGCCCCAGCCACCGGCGGCGUCAAGAAGCCCCACCGUUACAGGCCCGGGACCGUGGCUCUCCGAGAGAUCCGUCGCUAUCAGAAGUCCACCGAGCUGCUGAUCCGCAAACUGCCUUUCCAGCGUCUGGUGCGAGAAAUCGCUCAGGAUUUCAAGACGGACCUGCGCUUCCAGAGCUCCGCUGUCAUGGCCCUGCAGGAGUCCAGCGAGGCUUAUCUGGUCGGUCUGUUCGAGGACACCAACCUGUGCGCCAUCCACGCCAAGAGAGUCACCAUCAUGCCCAAAGACAUCCAGCUGGCCCGCCGCAUCCGCGGAGAGCGCGCUUAAACCCGCCGCUGCCAAACACCCCAAAGGCUCUUUUAAGAGCCACCGACACCGCACUGAACGAGACCGUUUCCACUGCAAUAAUGAAUAUAA